AUCGCUUGCCUCGAGUGUGGAAGUGGAGGUCAUGCCGAUGACAUCACCCAGGAGAGAGCCUUCAUCAUCAACUCUCUCAUUACCAAAACUAAGGUAAACUGGGCUGCACACUUUUUCAAAUCCAUUUCAAAACAUCUAGGAAAGCACAAUCAGAAGUAUCUCUGUCAAGGUCAGUAUGUUGGACAUAUUUUGGAAUCUAUGGGCGCUGCAGUUAAAGGGAAAAAGUAUGAAGCCAGAUACUGGCUAUACUACUUAUCCUCCAAAGGAGAAAACAGAGCUAGUGCUAGUGCCACUGCAGAAGAAAGCUCAUCAGACAAUGUUCCACUCAUCAAUUUCACAAAGACUACCAAGAGAAAGCAUGUGGUGUCUCCUUCUCCCAGUGCUGAAGCACCACAGAAUCUUGCUCCAAUAAAUCUUGAAGAAGAAGAAGAAUCCUCUGACCAAGGAGAACUUCAAAGGAAGAAGAAGAGGAAGAUCAACUCUCCAUCAACAUUUGGAAAUGUCAAUCCGGAUGAGUUGAAGGAGAAGGAACCUGCUGAGGAAACCUCUGCUCAAAACCGGAGCCCUCAACAACUUGAAGAAGAAAUUCCUCAAGUCCAAAGCCUUCCAACCUCAUCACCUCAACCUCAAAGAGAUGAUGCAGAUAACCAAUUCUGGCAGCUCUACUAUGGUUGGAAAGCCUGGAAAGUUGGAAAUUCAGCAAAGCAACAGUUGAAUUGGGACCAACAACUGAAGAAUGAGAAGAUCAUCAAAAAGUGCUUAGGAAUACCAGUCAACCACAACUGUGAACAAAUUUUGGAUGACUACUGGGUAUGGCAAAGGAAUCGUGAAGACUUGCAUCUGGAAUACCUGGCCAACACACCAGUUUCUGACUUUGAAGCAGAUGAUGAAGAUCCUGCAGUCUUCAAGUCAGUCUUCUCAAAAGACACAGAAGAUCAAGUGGUUUUCACUUCUGAAGCACAAGGUGUUUUGGAAGCCGCAGCUGAAGAUUUCCAAACACUUCCAGAAACCUCACAUGUUUCUGAAAUGGUUCUAACUGAAGUUGUAGAAGAGAAGGCAACCUCACCCCAACAAGAACAGAACCAGGAAAGAGCAGAAGAAAAAGAAUUUCAGCCACUAAUCCGAUCUCAAGUUUUGGAGAUUCUCACCACUCCUUGUGAGAUCUCCAAUCCUACUGAAAUUGAGAUCUCGGAGAAGUCAGCAGAAAUUCCGGAACAGUCAGCUCUUCCAAAAACAAUGGAGCAAGCUGUUGAAGCACAAAGGAAUUUUGGAGAAGCUGAAAAGGAAAAUCAAAUGGCAGAACUAGAGGUCUCUCAAACUCCAGUAGCCAUUUUUGAAGAAGAGAAUACAGCUGAAGAAAGAGACUCCCUCUCUAGGGAUAUAUCAAAUUUUGCGCUUGAUGAAGCAGAAGGAGAGUCUGAAAGAACACUGAAGGUUACUGAUGAAGAAGAUGUACAAGAAGAUGCUGAAUCUCUUCCUCUGCAACUCUUCCAAAGAACACCACCAUCUCAUCAGGUAACCAAUUUUCAUUUCCAUAGCUCUUCCACCCCUACUCUUCCGGAUAAAAUACCGGAAAUCUGGACAAAGAAGGUCCAAGGGCUGAUUGAAUCAGCCCUAGCAUCUCAACAUGCCUCCUUUAGGCAAGAGAUAGAGCAAAUGGAAGUCAGGCACACCCAGCUGAUAGAGAAAUCUGAAGGAAAACACAGCGCAGAUCUCAAAGAAAUAAGCAAAUUAGUUCAACAUCAACUCAAAGAGAUCAACAAAGUCAAAGAGCAAAUAGCGAGUGUCACAGUUAGUCUCCAAAAACAGAUGUCCCUUCUCCAAAUGGACAUCAGAUCAGCCCUAGCAGUAGCUUCUGCAAAUCAGGUAGUGACCAAAGACUACUUGAAGGUGAUCAUUGACAAUCAAAAGGAAGCAUACAAGCUGUUCAGACUUAUUGGCGCAGAUUCUGGAAACCGCAAGAGGGAAGUAAUUCUCCAACAACACAGUCCAUCUCCAAUACCACAGCUCCCUAUUGCAGUCAAAGAAGGAGAAGUAUCCUAUAUUCCUUCUCAUUUGAACUUGACAAAUCUAAUCCUUGAAGCACAGCAAAGAAAUCCGGAAAACUCAGCACAGCUUCUAUCCAGCUCAGGACUGGAUGGAAUAGAAUUUAUAUGUACAGUUGUUGACCACUUCUCAAAUGAUGCUCAAUCAGAAGAAAGACGUGAAAAUUUAAGGCGCAUCAAAGAACUGUGUGGGAACAUGAAGGGCAUCAGUGAGGUUGCCGGAUCUUCAAAGCGCAAGAGAAACUGAAGGUUCUUUUCAUCAAAACAGGGGGAAAAAAUAUUUUCUAUAAGAAAUAUACAAGAUUAUUAUUAUCCCAAUUUUAAUCUUUAUAUUUUAUACUACUAUAAUCUUUACUAGCAUAAAGAUUGUGGUAGACUCUGGCGUUGUUCGUGUGUCAAAGUUGGAGACCGGACGCUUGAACGGUUAUGUUUGCACUUUCAACGCUCUUCCUACGACUUCUUCGUUUUUACCGCUUACGGAGAAAGGGGCCACAAGCAUUACACGUUUAUUUACUGCGUUUUGUGAAUGCAUGUUGAAUGUAUGUUGAACGCUAGUAAUGGACAUGUGCGCGGCCAUGUCGAUAGGUGAGAUCGAAAUUAUAAAUCCCUCACGAAUAUUAAGUCUGUCGCCUUCUGACGCCCGACAUCUAUCCGGCUAAUGUGCACUGUCAUGUACUCAGCCUCAGCAGAGCAUAGUACGGUGUAUGUUAAGCUGGUUACGGGAACCGCCAUAGCGUGGUCGCUGUCGCACGUUGGGUUAGACUUAACUGAGUCUCGGUCAAAUGGAUGGACGACUCAGAGGCAGUAAGUUGGGGUCAUCAAUGACAAGUCGGAUGAUUUUACUCACUCAUCCAGCCAGGAGUUGGAUCUUUAUGAUNUUUAAUUGGAACUCUAUUCCUAACCAAAGUAGUCUGCUUGUAAGACGUGCCUCAGCCAAUUACAAGUACGGUGAAAAGGUGUCCUGGUCCGGUUGUAGUAAUAUUGUUCGCCCAACACCAGACCAAGAGCUGAGAGCCCGGCUCAUCAGUUGGAACUAUGUUCCUACCUAAAUAGUUGUCUUGUGGAGUAACGCCCAAGCGGAACGCAAGAUAAUGAAAUAUGGAUCUUGAA